ACAAUAUUUACAUGUAAAUUACUGCUCACCCCAAUAAUGUUUGUGAAAACUGCUUAUCCUCUGAACAAUCUUCUGAACAGUGUUCAGAGGAUCCAUUUCCCGACAACAGGUAGCCGCCCACGCCCGCUUCCACGAAUCACCCGAGCCAGCGCGAACCGGCCCGCUGCUGGCUCGGCACCAAAAGCACCGCGUCGUCAAAGCGCGGCCGCACAACGGCACCAGCCACCACGCCUAACCCACUUUGUCCCAGCGCCGCGGCGACGGCCAACCCACCACCGCACCGCGUCGCGCGAGCCCGACCAGAUCGGCAACCGAGGCCUAGAGCGGACGAGUUCCCCCGCCACCGCGCGCGCCCUCCCGCCCACACACCCGCGGAGAGAUCGCCGCCGCGGCCUCGUCCGUCCGCGUCUCGUUUGAGGGCAUCGUCUCGCCGGGGCGCAGGGCGCAGCCGCGCGGGGAUGCGGCGGUCGUCGAGCGGGGCGCGCGUGUCGGAGGGCGGCGACGACCACCACCACAGCCCGGAGGCGCUGCCGACGUACGACCCGCAGUCGGCGGCGGGGCGGCGGGAGGCAGCGCGGGCGCGGGCGCUGGGGCGCACCGUGCACUGCAUCCCGGUGGUGGUGCUCCUCUGCGCCCUCCUCCUCUGGCUCUCCGCCUCCACCUCCUCCUCCGGCCACACCCACCUCGAUUGAGAAUCAGUGGGCAUCUUAAGUUGACCUGACGCCUGACAGCUGUAAUCUUGUUCCCCUAAUACAAGUGAAGUAGAGUUCUGAGUUCCGAAAAGAAAACUAAAAAAAAGUGUAGAUCAGUCAUGAUGAAGUAAUACACAGAUAUGUUAAGUCCAUGUUUUUGGAUACAUAGAAACAAGUCCAUAUUUGAGUUGAGAUGAUUUGGCAUAGAAACAAGCUCAUCUACGAGCAAUUUUUUGAUACAUCUUAUAAGUCCAUAUUUGAGUUGCGAUGAUUUGGCUCACUGUUACAAAUUGUAUACAAAUGGGGUAUGUAUUCUUUCCCAACACUAUGCAUAUAAUACAUGUUCUAAUGUUCUUUUUGUACA